CCGGCCCGCGGCUGUCCCGGUCGAAGAUGGCGGCAGCGCGAGGGUCGCGGCUCUCCGGGCUCCUGAGCUGGUCCCGGCCGGAGCCGGGCCGGCCGAUGUCGAGCCAUGCCCACGGCGAGGAGGGCUCAGCUCGCAUGUGGAAGGCCCUCACCUACUUCGUGGCGCUCCCCGGGGUGGCGGUGAGCAUGCUGAACGUCUUCCUGAAGUCGCAGCACGAGGAGCACGAGCGGCCCGAGUUCGUCGCCUACCCCCACCUCCGCAUCAGGUCCAAGCCCUUUCCCUGGGGAGAUGGUAACCAUACUCUGUUCCAUAAUUCCCACGUGAACCCACUGCCAACCGGCUACGAAGAUGACUGAAAUGCGAGAACCUGCACCUGUGUCCAGGCUCGGGACCACAGUGCUUGUUGGACCAACCUCCACAUGGACCAGGAAAGUGCAUGGGACCUUAGCUCACCUCCGAGUAUCAAACUGACCAGUUUCCCACCCUCCAUUCCUCAGCUUAUGGCAGGGGGUGGCUUAAAUAAACCUUAGAUUGGUCACAA